AUGGAAAGAUCAUCACUCUCUUCAUCUACUAAAAGGAGAGGUAUAAAGAAAAGAGUAGUGGAAAUUCCAAUGAAGGAUGUGGAAGGGACUAAUACUCCACCGUCCGAUUCAUGGGCUUGGAGAAAGUACGGUCAGAAACCUAUCAAAGGUUCCCCUUAUCCAAGAGGUUAUUAUAGGUGUAGCAGUUCAAAGAAUUGUCCGGCGAGAAAACAAGUGGAAAGGAACCAUGUUGACCCCACGGUGCUUCUUGUAACAUAUACUUCCGAUCACAACCACGCUGUGCCGCCACCUAGAAGCAACCGUAAUACAACCAACGCCGCUGCAUCGAACAAAGACUCUGAAUCAGAACAUGAAGGUGAACCUGAAACCGAGGAGAGAUUUGCGGAUCUUGGAGAGUUGUCGUUGGUCGCUACGGCGGAUGAGUUAGGAGGAUGGUUAGGGGAAGUGGAGGCGAUCGCGUCGCCGGGGGUUUUGGAGUGUCCGGUUUUCUCGGAACAGGAGGUGUCGAUGUUGGGGGAAGAGGAGAUGUCGCUGUUUGCGGAUCUUGGGGAGUUGCCGGAGUGUUCGGCGGUGUUUUGGAGAGGGAGGAGUAGCGCCGGCGAUGUGAGUGUGGGGCCACUGGUGGAGGCAAAUUGCUCAUUGUGA